UUUGCGAGAAUGUCAGCCAAAUCAUCAACCCGAGUUUUUAUAUAAAAAAUUUAUGUUAUUUUACGUGAAAUUACUGUGAUUUAGUUUUUGUAAUAACACACAACGACCGUGCAGUGAAAUGGAUCGAUUUAUAAGCAUGUGGAAGGUCCGGGAGCUGGCGGAUAAGGUCACCAACGUGGUGAUGAACUACACGGAGGUGGAGGGCAAGGUGCGCGAGGCCACGUCGGACGAGGCGUGGGGGCCCACGGGCCAGCAGAUGCAAGAGCUGGCGCUCGCCACGUUCACGUACGAGCACUUCCCCGAGGUGAUGUCCAUGCUGUGGCGCCGCAUGCUGCACGACAACCGCGCGCACUGGCGCCGCACCUACAAGUGUCUACUGCUUCUCAGCUACUUGGUGCGCAACGGGUCGGAACGUGUGGUGACGUCGGCGCGGGAACACAUCUACGACCUGAGGUCGCUUGAGAAUUACACGUUUGCGGACGAGCUCGGCAAAGAUCAGGGUAUAAAUGUAAGGCACAAGGUCCGCGAGCUGAUCGACUUCAUACAAGACGAUGAGAGACUUAGAGAAGAGAGGAAGAAGGCAAAGAAGAAUAAAGACAAAUAUAUAGGGAUGUCGUCGGAGGCCGUUGUGAUGGGCUCCCGCACCGGCGCGGGCGGCAUGGCGGGCUUACGCGGCGGCGGCGGGGCGGGGGGCUGGGGGGAGUACAGCGACCGGAGUACCGGAUGGGAUGACUCUAAAGAAAGGAAUGACGAAGAAGAAUAUGAGAGAGAGGACUCUGAUGGGGACUAUAGUCAUAGCGGACACGGGAAACCACAGAAAGAGAACGUGUACCGCGACGCGGAAGUGAUCGCGGAGAGUCCGCCGCGCAGCGAGCGACCGCGUGUAGAGCGAGACGGCAAAGCGCUCAACAUAAGCUUGCGCAGCCCCGCGCGGCAAAAGCCCGCCACGCCCGUCAAGAAAAUCGACCUGGGCGCCGCGGCGUCGUACGGCAAGGCGGCGCCGGCGGCGAGCGCGCCCACCACGCACAAGUCGCAGGAGCUACUAGACGACCUAUUCAAGACGUGCGCCGCGCCCUCGCCCACGCCCACGCACGACGCCCACGAAGACGACUUCGACCCCCGAGCCGGCGAACCCAAGCCGGUGGCGAAGCCCGAGCCGGAGUUCGGGGACUUCGCAAACGCCUUCGGAGCACCCCAGGAGGCUCCGGUUGAUAGCUUCGCGGACUUCGCCGCCUUCGACAACAACAACGUCACCGUGGCCCCACCGCCUGCGGCCUCGGCAUCGAACCUAGACCUCUUAAGCGAGCUAAGCGCCCCGCCCACUUCGCCUCCGAGCUCGAUGGGAUUCGACCUGGACUCGCUCUCCGGACAGUUCGCGACCGCUAGUUUGGCACCCACCUUACAGCCCACCGGAGAUGUGGUGCCACAGCCGCGCCCUGACCAACACCUGAAGCUCAGCAUUUGGAACUUUAUUGACAUGCUGCGAGCUGUCGAGAGGGUUAAAUCCGAGAACGAUGUGUUAAAUGUGUUGAGCUGCUUCGACAAUGUCAAAGCGUAUCUGCCCGGACCCCUGACGCUCCAAAAAGUUAUGAGGGACGAGCACAAAGUCAUGAAAACAGAAGUAAUCGAUUUGUAUUCGGAGCUACUGGGUUCCGUUGUCAGGAUUUUGCUGCCGCACUGGCCGUCGUUCAAAGAAGAAGUCAUUUACCUAUUUACGAUAGAAGAAGGGUUCGAGAUCAGUCAUGAAAUACUGUCCAAUUUAUGCGGGUUUCUAAAAAACGACAGGAAUAACGUAGUUUUGGAAGCUCUGGCCGAAAUUAUUAUGAAAUAUGCCAGAAGCGAUGCAAUCCUAUCCGCCAUACUGGACUGCAGUACUCAUGUCUCGGACACGAAUAAAAUUGAAAUUCAAGCGGAAUGGGAAAACUAUAUCCAACUACUGGCAACAUUGCCGGAGAGGGUGGCGAAUAGAUUAAAAACUAAAACGCCCAAAGAGUUUUCGUAUGACAAUUAUUCCGUUGUACUCAUAUUCCAUAUUGUGCGAUGCAUUGAUUUUAUGUCGGAAUGCAGUUUCCGAGAAGGCACACAAUUCGACUUAACGUAUUUGGCACUUCUAGUGUCCAAAUUCAUAAUGCAUUACAGUUUGAGUGACUCGAACGGCAUUCAUAAGUUGGUAGACAUUCUCAUCGCUUGGACGGAUAAUAAUAAUGCAGAUUCAUGCAAGUUUGUGAGGAGAAAACUAAUUCAAACUUUGCUCAAUCGAAUAAACCGACAGGCGAUCGAUAAAAUAUCGGUCGUUAUAUUAAAAAGGUGCCCCAUAAACUAUAGAAACAGGGACCAAUGCAUACGGUAUUUACUCGGAAAUAAUAUAGACUCCAAUAAAGAUUGGCACGAAAUAUUGACUUUCAGAAUACCAUUCUACGUACGUCCAAAAUGUUUCAGAGAUACAAUAAUAUCGGAAAAUUUGAUCUACUAUGUAUCGACGUGUAAAAAUUCGCACAACAUUCUGACGGAAUUGGUUUUGAGGUUAGCCAAAGCCUGGUCGGAUGUGCAUCUGAGUAAUAUAGCUAAUAUUGAUCAUCACAUGCACACCUCCCUUCUACUGGUGCUAGCCGUCAAAUACCGCGUGGUUAUAUGGAAGCAGCGUAAAAGUUUUUGGGAUCUGAACGAUAUAAAAAAGAUCUUGUUCAAAGGAAUGUCGAGACAUCUAGAUGUCAUCGCCCAAGAGUUCAGAUGUGUGGGAAUGGCCACUGUGGAAAUACUACUCAAAUUGAUUGUAGAAGUUGAUGACACCGACAAAAAAGCAGUAGACUGUUUGAACUUUAAUUUUGACGAUUUAGGUAACCUUUGUAUCGAACUAUACGAAGCUUUGAAAAGUAUAACGCAGAAAUGUCUAAUAGACGAUAAGUUGAAAAAGCCAAAUGUGAAGGUGAGAGUUAUAAACGUGAAGGAAAUAUUGGAUGAAAUCGCUGAUAAAAUAUCCGGGAGUAUCGAGAAGCCGGUCCAGAACACGAUAGUAACUUGCGCAGUCAAAGGCCCCGAGCAGACGAAAGAAAUAGUCAAAACAAUAAUUUCGGCUAAACUAGAUGCUUUAGGGAAGAAACAACACGUAGAGGAAUUAGACUCGGACGAUGAUCUGCAGCCUUACGACAUGAGCAAUGAUGUGUCAGUCGCAGCGAAGAAGAAACCCAAUUACUUGCGAGAUUUGGUAGAAAUCCUCAACGACGGCACCGAUCUAGAAUCUUUCGAGGCCGCACUUACAAAUUCCGAGGAUCUAGUCAAACGACAACUCAAGAAUGAGGACAAAAAGUUUGCCGUUGAGCUUCUAGACCUUUUCAUACAUUUAGAAGAAAAAUUCCACAUCGAUAAAUUCCUCAAGAUAAAAUCUGAUACGGCUAUUGCAAUUGUGUGCAGCCACCCAGCUGUGUGUGCGAGACAUUUGUGCAGAGAAAUUCACGCCGACAUAGGCAGAUAUUCGAUUUCGACGAAACUAUUCAUGCUCGACGUUUUCACUGACGCCGCGGAAAGAAUCGCCGGCAUGAAAAAAACAGAGGAAAUUUACGAAAUUGAAACUCCCAAUUUUGAUCUGGAAACAUCGAAAGAAGAGGUUUUACGGCAGCGUCUGCUUAGCAAGACCAGAUAUUUCCAUUCGAAACAGCAACAUCCUUUCUCGAAGGCCAAGAAAAAUGAUUUCGCCGCGGUCUCGGACCACUUUUUCUACCCACUAAUAAGCGGUUUCGGCGAUCGCCAGCUAACGUUGAGCCAUCAUAAUACGAAGCAAGACGUGGACAAUAUACUACUACUGAGAUAUUUAUCCGCUGUCGGCACUAUUAUAAUUGCGUCGACAAAUUGUCCGAGAUGCUAUGUCUACUGUCGAGAAAUUCUCCAGAUGGUGUUGUAUUUGAGAUUCACGCCCGAUCCGAAUAUUCAGCUUUGCGUGAUAUCGUUGAUCGCCUCUAUAGUGAUCGCUUUGCCCGAGUCGUUAGUCAAAGGGGAGUUCUAUGACACGAUAAUGGAACUGUCCUCCUGGUUGGUCGACUUGUUAACUAACGUGGAUGUAACUAACCGAUUGGGCGGCUCGAACUCCGCAUCAGUUGUUUAUGCGGGUGAAGUUUUACGCUUGAUCGAAAGUGUAAUGGGAGAUUAAACUGUACUUCUUAUUUAUCUAACAAAUAAGUUUGUAAUUAAAGAAGAGAAGAAAGAUUUAGUUCCGCUGAAA